UUGGUUCUUCAGUUUUGUGUUUUAGUCUGCGGUGGAAAACAUCAACAAAGCAGUAAUUUACCCUAAUUGCAGUUGCGAAUGCAAACAGAAACUCUUACUUAGAGCUAUCUCGCAACGUUCUAGUCAGCACAUACCGAACCCCAUUUCACCCGAAUGUGUAUACGUUUCGUAUAAAAGCGAGAAUAUUUGAGUCCGAAAUCUUCGAAACGUUCGGUUCAGCGCAGUCGCACCGACACGUGUCUCGAUCAGAUGACAUAAUUGUCACUAUACCCGUGAAGUGGAGAGCCGUGUCGGACUGGAGUGGGCAAUGUGUCCCAUUGGAAGUUAGAAGUUUUGAGUGAAAUCUUCCUUAAUUUGAAUCAAAAACAUUCAGAAUGUCAGCCAAACCAAAAUUACAAAACGGGAACCAUUCCGCUUGUGGUUGCGAGGAGCUCGGGAUAAAAAUCGAUGAAGCAGCUAAAGUUAGUGCCGAAAAAACAUACAGAAGUGAUUGCUGACAGUACUCAGAGGUACGGUCCGGAAGAAGUUUUCAUAGCGUUCAAUGGUGGAAAAGACUGUACUGUUCUGUUGGACCUUUAUAUUAAGUAUUCCAAGCAUAAUGCGAAGCCGAUAGUGAUUUAUAUACAAUCGGAGAACCCUUUUAAAGAGGUCGAUGACUUCAUAAGAACCUGCGAGAUCAAAUAUGACAUUAACAUCGAGUUCGCGAAAGGCAAGCUGAAACCAACACUUGAACAGCUUUGCUCUAAAAAUCCCAGGCUUGGGGCUGUAGUGAUGGGCUCCAGGCGAACCGAUCCACAUUGUGAUAAACUAGAAACGUUUCAGUACACAGAUCCCGGCUGGCCUAAACUGUUGCGCAUAAAUCCCAUAUUAGACUGGAAUUAUAAAGACAUUUGGGAUUACAUACGACUCAACAAAAUCGAAUACUGUAAGCUAUACGAUGAGGGAUAUACCUCUAUUGGAGACAGAAAGAACACGAAGCCUAAUGAACAUCUGUUACUUCCAAGCAAUGAUGGCUCAAGGAAAUAUAAACGACCUUGGGAACUUGAUGAUAAUAGUUUCGAGCGAGCAGGCAGGUUUUGACGCAGAUCAAAUUUCUAGGAACAAAUUUUAUUUUUAGCAAUAAUCGGGGGUGCUAGAUUAUAUGACUUUUUAAAAAAAUUUUACUUUUUCCACUGAUUUUUCGAAAAAAAAUCAGUAUCUAAAUUUUUAAAUAAAACUUGAGAACAAAUUUA